UUUAUAAUUGAAUGUACACAAAGACGGAGGGGAGUCCCACUUGUGUCGGCUUUUGAAAGUAUACGGAGUUACUGGAAUACAAAUGCGUAUUACAGUCCAUGUUUUAUUCAUCGAUGGGCAAAAACACAUUUUAAACGGUGCGGGCAUGGAAAAUGCGUGCAAGUUUGGGACACGCUGACAGAACAACCUCAGGAUAUAACAAGUGAAGACCCAUCUGUGGUUAAAGUGAGGAUCCAUCUGUGGUUGGAAAGAAGCAAAACUUUGAUGCUGGAUCCUGCGAUGCCAGAGGAACCCAGUAAAGACACCAUGACAGUGGCAGCAGCCCCAGAAAGAGCUGUCGUGGAGAAGGCCAACAUCAAUGACCACACUCCGACUGUGACUAUAGUAGCUAUCCCUUUGGUCACUGAAAUCCAACUGAAUGCGGCCACAGGUGGUGCAGAACUCUCCUGCUAUCGCUGCACAGUGCCAUUUGGUGUGGUCAUUCUCAUUGCCGGUAUCGUGGUCACUUCUGUGGCCUACAGCUUCAACUCACAUGGGUCCACCAUCUCCUACUUUGGGCUGGUGCUACUAUCUGUUGGACUGGUGCUAUUGGCGCUAAGUGCGGUAUGUUGGAAGAUGAGACUUGAGAGAAAGAAGGAGAGGCGGAGGGAAAGCCAAACUGCUCUGGUCGCAAACCAGAGGAGCAUCUUUGCAUGAAGGGAAAGACUGAUCAUCAGGAGAAAAAUAAGUCUGUGAUAUGUUCGGGUGUGAGAGGAAACAGAGGUAGUGAUUAAUUUGAAAGCGGAGUGGAGACAGCUGUAUCCAGAUGUUUUCAUGACUGACCAACGUCUAUGUGGUGGGUCGUUGCCCUGCAAAGCUUUGACCUCAGACUAUCUCUAGGCUAAGCAAGUCAAAACGUCUUAGCUUUCAUGAAGUUGUUGGGUUUUUAAUCUGUCAAACAGACUGGUCACAUCUGGGAAGCUGGGCAGACAGCCAAACUGAAUGUAUCAAAAUUAAGACAAAUUACCACUAUACAAAGCAAUGGAGAGGAUGUUUCCCAUUAAUCUACUGUUGCAUCUGGUGUCUUAGAUUUACUGGGAGGGAUAGUGGUCUGAAAGGAGGGGGACAUGGGAAAAUCCAGAACAAUGAAUCAUGCUUCAUUUACCAUGUUUUAGGCAUAACAUCUCUCAUAAAAUCUGAUUGUUCCUUUUCAUUUCACACAGAAUUAUGUUAAAUUACCCGACAUGGGAAUAUGGUACUUACAGUGAGGGGGAAAAGUAUUUGAUCCCCUGCUGAUUUUGUAUGUUUCCCCACUGACAAAGAAAUGAUCAGUCUAUAAUUUUAAUGGUAGGUUUAUUUGAACUGUGAGAGACAGAAUAACAACAAAAAAAUCCAGAAAAUUGCAUGUCAAAAAUGUAAUAAAUUGAUUUGCAUUUCAAUGAGUGAAAUAAGUAUUUGACCCCUCUGCUAAACAUGACUUAGUACUUGGUGGCAAAACCCUUGUUGGCAAUCACAGAGGUCAGAGGUUUCUUGUAGUUGGCCACCAGGUUUGCACACAUCUCAGGAGGGAUUUUGUCCCACUCCUCUUUGCAGAUCUUCUCCAAGUCAUUAAGGUUUUGAGGCUAACGUUUGGCAACUUGAACCGCUCCACAGAUUUUCUAUGGGAUUAAGGUCUGGAGACUGGCUAGGCCACUCCAGGACCUUAAUGUGCUUCUUUUUGAGCCACUCCUUUGUUGCCUUGGCCGUGUGUUUUGGGUCAUUGUCAUGCUGGAAUACCCAUCCACGAUCCAUUUUCAAUGCCCUGGCUGAGGGAAGGAGCUUCUCACCCAAGAUUUGACGUUACAUGACCCCAUCCAUCGUUGCUUUGAUGCGGUGAAGUUGUCCUGUCCCCUAAAGCAUAAUGUUUCCACCUCCGUGUUUGACGGUGGGGAUGGUGUUCUUGGGGUCAUAGGCAGCAUUCCUCCUCCUCCAAACACGGCGAGUUGAGUUGAUGCCAACAAGCUCCAUUUUGGUCUCAUCUGACCACAACACUUUCACCCAGUUGUCCUCUGAAUCAUUCAGAUGUUCAUUGGCAAACUUCAGACGGGCAUGUAUAUGUGCUUUCUUGAGCAGGGGGACCUUGCGGGCGCUGCAGGAUUUCAGUCCUUCACGGCGUAGUGUGUUUCCAAUUGUUUUCUUGGUGACUAUGGUCCCAGCUGCCUUGAGAUUAUUGACAAGAUCCUCCCGUGUAGUUCUGGGCUGAUUCCUCACCGUUAUCAUGAUCAUUGCUUGCAUGAUCUAUCAUGAUCUUGCAUGGAGCCCCAGGCCGAGGGAGAUCGACAGUUCUUUUGUUUCUUCCAUUUGCGAAUAAUUGCACCAACUUUUGUCACCUUCUCACCAAGCUGCUUGGCGAUGGUCUUGUAGCCCAUUCCAGCCUUGUGUAGGUCUACAAUCUUGUCCCUGACACCAUUGGAGAGCUCUUUGGUCUUGGCCAUGUUGGAGAGUUUGGAAUCUGAUUGAUUGCUUCUGUGGACAGGUGUCUUUUAUACAGGUACCAAACUGAGAUUAGUAGCACUCCCUUUAAGAGGGUGCUCCUAAUCUCAGCUCGUUACCUGUAUAAAAGACACCUGGGAGACAGAAAUCUUUCUGAUUGAGAGGGGUCAAAUACUUAUUUCCCUUAUUAAAAUGCUAAUCAAUUUCUAACAUUUUUGACAUGCGUUUUUCUGGAUUUUUUUGUUGUUAUUCUGUCCCUCAUGGUUCAAAUAAACCCACCAUUAAAAUUAUAGACGGAUCAUUUCUUUGUCAGUGGGGAAACGUACAAAAUUAGCAGGGGAUCAAAUACUUUUCCCCCUGACUGUACAUGUUAAUAUGUAAUGAUAUAUAUUGGAAUUAUGGGGACACAAAAACGUGUUGUUUUUGUUUGAUGUUUAUCAUCGUAUUCUCUGAAACAAGUCGAGCUCAGAGAUAAAGUAAAUUAGAUGUCACACAGUAAUUAUUGAUAGUACCUAGGAUGUACCUAUUAUGUUAUAGGUAGUAUUGCAUUAUGAGGGAAUAUGAUUAUUGACUAAAUGUAACUUACAUCGAAUUAACCUUUAUUAAGUAUUCCCUGUAAGCACUUUGUUCCACACCAUGACUAACAUGGUGUUCUAUGUAACUAUGACGACAAGAUUCUUUGGAAUUACUAGCAUCUUGCCACAGUCUUGUUGUCACUACAGUACCUGCCAAUGUCAGUAAAUGUAUUUCAUAUGUUGAGCGAUAUGAAAUGUUCUAGUAUUUUAUUUCACUUUAAUAUAAUCAUUUUUAUGUAUGACUUCUCUGUUAACAGUACAUCGAUUGUUAAUAGGUUAUAGUGAGGUUUAAUAAACUCUCAUCCAUAUUUAAACAUUU